CUUAUUGAUUUAGAAUUGAGGUGGUUGCCAUUGAAGAAGAGGGCUCAUCAUCAUUAUUUGGCCAACAUGAAGACUUCCACUCAUUUUCUGCUAAUGUUUUUCGGCAUCAUCUUCAUGUCUGUGUAUCCACCAGGACACUUUUUCGGCAUCGAGUUUGAGGUUCGUGUGAUCAAUGGCUUUUCCAACAACUCAUCGCUGCCAUUGGUGAUAUGGUGCGUGUCACAGCAGGAUGAAGACAUGGGGGGCCGAGCUCUACAGGAAAGUGACGAUUACGGGUGGCGAGUUAAGACCAAUUUAUGGGGCAGUUCUGAUUACCUGUGUACGUUGAAAUGGGACAGAAAGAGGAGGAGUUUCGAGGGGUUUAAGGUUGGUAGAGACAGUCAAAGGUGUGGCAGUCUUAACAAGCGUUGUUGGGUGGUUAGAGAGGAUGGGUUCUACUUCAGCAGAGAUGAAGUCUAA